AUGUCUCUCCAUCGACAUCAUAAUCAGCAACCACCGACGUAUGAGGAUUCGAUCAAAUCUCAUUCACCGCCAAAGUACGACAUGACACCGGCUACAACUAAUUCAACCACACACAACUCAAUGGAACUUCCCACGAGCAGUGCAACAACUGCAAGAAUUGAAGGAACUCGAAUGGAAUCUCCCCGCCGAACUCCGAUCCUUCUCCACACUCGAUCCAUGUCAGAAUCCUGUAUUACACCAUCUGGAGAUGUGAAAGACGGCAUGGAGGAAGGAAGAAAAAGCGCACGAUAA